GUAUUGAAAAUUUUGUUCGGUAAGGUGCCGUCAUUCAAAAAUAGAAAUUCAAUAUUAAAACAUUUAAGCAAAAUAGUUCUAUUCAUUGUUAUGACAAUAACAUCACUCAAUUGCAUAAUAAAUAAUACAUCUAAAUAUUGCUUCAUACAUCACAGUUUAAUUAAAAACAUUGAUAAAUCAUUUUCAUAAGAAAUUUUUCUUGCGCACACCAUUAUCCAAUUCUGAAUUUCAGAAUUCCGAGACAAUAUUUAGAUUUUUAAUAUCAAAGGAAUUUUUAUAAAAUUUCCUUUUGUGAACUGUUAUUAUUUCAUUAAUGGCAUUACUUCGAACAGUUGCAUUAUCAACAACCAGAAUAUUUUCAAGAAAUAUAAGAAUGUCUGCAAAUAUGAAAGAAAAAGCUGCUGAAGCAAUGGAAAAAUUGAAAUCCGAAAAUCCAUACUAUGAAAAAUAUGCACAGAAGAUUGCAAAAAUUCAACAAUCGUCUCCUGAAGUACUCCUCGCAAAGCUUGAUCAACAAAAGGAAAAAGCAAAGAAAUCGGAGCCAAAACCGAGAGAUUAUUCAGAACUUUUGAAUCCAAAGAAGUCAACUGACACUAAAGCUGAACUUCCUUAUAAGAAAUUAGAAGAUUUGAUGAAAUUGGACCGACUGGAGGGCAAAUCAAUCGAGGAAAUUAAACAAAUAUGGCUCGAAUAUCACAAACAAAAAGAAGUGAUUGCUGCUGUUAUUCCAACCGAAGCUUUUGAAUCAAUAAUGGCAAAUGCCAAGAAGUUUCCUAUUUUCAUUUUUCCUAUACCGCGAUCACAAGGAUAUGAGUUCAUCAUGUUUCAAUUUGCUGCAAAUACAAUUCACUUUACACCUCUUUUGUGUUAUCAGGUUCACAAAGAGAAUGCUCCUGAGUGUUUGAACAUUGUUCAUUAUACGGAAUUUAAAGACAAAGGAAUUGUACUGAUGCGUGGCGAAUACGACACAAAUGUUCUGACAGCUCAAGAAGCGCAAUGUCUAGCUAAUCAACUUCAACUUUAUUACGUGCAAAAUGAUCCAAAGAAGCAGGAAAUCCUCGAGGUUUUCACGAAAGCACCUGAAAAUUUCAAACACAUGGAUGUCAUAAAAGAACUUGAAAACUUGACAAUUUCUUAGUUUUAUUUUCAUUGAAUAAAAAAUCUUCUUUGAUUAGAAUAACUUGAAAGAAUUUUUCAAUAUAUUUCGAGGUGAAAAAGGAAAAUCAGCUGAAGAAAUUGAUUGCUCUGUUAAUGUAACAUUUUCAAUGUUUGGUGUCCACUUGUAAGUUGAUAGCGACGAAUCUUUUGCUGCUUCAAUAGAUUUUUCUUUUUCUAAUCUUUGAGAUCGAAAUUGGCUUUUUCUUUGUUCUGGUGGUGAUCGAAAGAUGGCAAAAGUGUUAUCAAGUUUCGGGAUAUUUGAAUGAAGAUCAAAAAAGUUAUCAAAUGUGGAAUCAGGCGAGAACUUGAAUGGAUCAUCGUCUUCAAAUUUAAAAACACUUCCUGGAGUUGCAAAAAUUGUUGAAUUCUCAGGACUUUCAAAAAGUUUUCUUGUCGAUGAACAGCUUUCAAAGCUUAAAUCUUGUGAUGACGGUGGUGAAUUGAAAAAUGAAAUAUCUUUUGAGAAAAGUUCUUCGAGAUCAUUUUGAAUGCAAGAAUUUUCUUUUCGAGUUUCCACAGAUGUUCCAAAAAGAUUGAGAGUGUCGUUCUUGAUAUCAUCUGAUUCUUCUAUAGGUUUAUCGUUUGUAUCAUAAAAAACAGGAAUUGGAAGUUCAUUUUUUGUUUUUUGAUGUGCUUUAUGUUGAGAAUAAUCACUAACUUGAGGUGACAACUCAAAUAAUGAAUCAGCAAUGGGAGAUAAAGCCUCAUUAUACUUCUGUUUUUCAUAAAUUUCAUUGAUCGGGUCAGGAAUAUGUGAGAAACAUUGUUCAUUGAUCCAUUGUGCAGUUUUGUCAAUGAAAUUGAAAAAGUUAAUUUUCUUGCUUUGCACAUUUUCAUUCUUUUCUGGUUUCGUUGGUGCAUCUUUAGAAUUUACUAGCAUCUCACGAGAAACUCCAAUAAAGUCAUCGGGAUCGCUUAUUAAUGGUUGAAUUUUGUCUAAAGGCGUUGAAGCAAUGUUCGGUUUGAAUGCUUCAGUUCUUACUGAAAGCAUUGUCGUGUUUGUUGUUUGUGCAACAGAAUUUGAAGGUUCAGUUGCUUUGUUUUUUAAUGGUUCUUUAGGUAUUUUAAAGAUAGAUAGUUCUGGACCACUGAACGACUUAAAGAAUGAAUCAGAAAGAUUGAUGUAAGGCUCCUUGUCACGUUUUCGCUUUGGUUGACAAGGAUUAACUUUGUCUUUUACAAUAAAAUUCAAACUUUCCUUCUUUUCAGAAUUCUUUCUGACAUUUUUAGCGUUAACUUCUUCGAGCUUUCUUUUAUUAUGUUUAGCUAGAAAUUCUGCUUGUAUAUGUUGUUUAGUUAUCAUUGGUUUUCUGCAGCGAUCCUGUUUUACAAUGCCAGGAAUUCUUUUUGCGUUUAUUUUCAUUUUAUUUUUGUUAGAAAUGCAUUCACUUAUUUUCUUGUAAUAAUCAUAUGGAUCGAAGCAAGAAGAU